CCCUCCUGGGAUCCAAGACGUGACAAUGUGGAUACAUCGGUUUUUAGUUACCAGGUCAGGUUGCCCCGUACGAAGCCAUGCUUGGAUUUUAAUAGCCAUGUUUCGACUUGCCAUGGAUUUCACUUCCUGCGAAUCGUUGAGCCAAGGGCAUCGGCUCCAGCUCUUGCAGAGACCCGCUAACUUGUACGGAUUCCCCCCUAGUUCUUUGUGGCACCUUAAAGGCGGGCAGCAAGCGAGGAUUCGUGGGCUUCCAGGGAGCCGCCCGUUCCCCUAUUUGGAACAGUCUAAGGGACAAACGCCAACUUCUCGUUCCAAAAGGCUGCACAAAGCCGUGGACCUCCUCUGGAAAAGCGGCCGGCCCAAGCACUUUGUGGAAUCCAACCCUUCCUUGGCAGAGUAUCAGACUUAUUUGAAACGGAGGAAAAGGAAUGUCCCGGGAAUCGUCAACCCCACUGUGGAGAACGGGGUGAUUGUGUGGGGGUCGACGAGCCCUUUGGAGUCCGUGGACGCGGAUACGCUCCCUCACACCAGCACCAAAAGGAGUACGCCAACCAUCACUACCACCACCAUUGUUACCACCACCACCACUGCUGCUUCCACAACAGUACCGCCCAAAGGGCCCGGGCCAGGGACCGGCACACACAAGAACAACCCCGGUACUAGGGUUAGCACAAUGGAACCGCCCGCCACUCCCGGUGGCAAUGGAAAAGAUGUUGACGCUCCUCCGCCUAAGCUACCGGGGGAGACUUCAGGUCUGGCCGUCCAUCAGAUUAUCACCAUCACAGUCUCUCUCAUCAUGGUCAUAGCUGCUCUGAUAACGACGCUCGUCUUAAAAAAUUGUUGCGCGCAAAGCGGGAAUACCAGGAGAAACAGCCACCAGCGCAAGAUCAACCAGCAGGAGGAGAGUUGUCAGAACCUGACGGACUUCACUCCGGCCAGAGUGCCCAGUAACUUGGACAUAUUCACGGCCUACAACGAAACGCUACAGUGCUCCCAUGAGUGCGUUCGGACGCCCGUUCCAGUCUAUACCGAGGAGACGAUACUUCCUCCGGGGGAUUAUAAGACAUCCUUCAACGGAAAUAGACCCUCCUCUUCCGAUCGGCAUCUAAUUCCUGUGGCCUUUGUGUCUGAGAAAUGGUUUGAAAUCUCCUGCUGACCGGCUGAAGUCUGUUUUACUUCUUGGGGGCAGGGCAGACGCCAUGUUCUAUUUCCUGGAUUCCACUGGUGAACCUGUAAAAAAAUAAUAAAAAAAAUAAUGGGUAAUCCAUACCUACUUUUAAUGUUUACCGACGGAAGACUCAAAGAACAGCCAAAUAUAUUUUUAUAUAAGAAGAAGGGACUUGCCCCGACAAGCGACUGCAUUUUCAAAGAGUGCAUUAU